AUGAUUGUGAAGAACACUUUUAGUUUGAAGGGAGUGUGGUGCGCGUUCAUCCAGAUAGCUGUGGUGGUGUUGAUCAAUAUACCGGCCGUAUCGUUCGGCCUGGCCGUGGGCUGGGUGUCUCUAGUGAGCGGGGAGGGCCCGGCGGAGCAGUCCGAGUCCUCGGGCCGGGGAGCAGUCAUCGCCGCGGUCACCACGUUCGGAGCUUCUAUGGCUGGCGUGCCUUUGAGCGCGAAGGCUUUGCUCUACGGACGGAAGUUUGCUCUCAUUGGUACUUCAGCUUGCUUCGCGGUGUGCUGGUCUCUAAAGUUGGCGAGUCUGUGGUGUGGGUCUGAGUGGUCGGGUGUAGGGUCGGGUCUGGUUGUAGUCGCGAGGGUCGCGGCAGGUCUCGGCGGAGCCUCCGCCUGGGCCUUGGAGCCGCUCCUAGUCAGGGAGGAGGCUCGCCAGUCCCUCGCUCGUCUCCGCGGCCUGUCUUCUGAUCAUCCAGAACUAAUCCACGCGGUCGCAUCCUUACCACCGACUGAACAAGUACGGACUCCGCUUACACUCGCCCGACAUAUGUUGAGUGAUCUUCAACGUCGCCGUGCGUUCAUCAUCGGUACAAUAACAGUGAUCGGUCAGGAGGUGUGCGGCGUGCUCGCUAUACUACAGUACGCAGAGAGAAUGUUCGUUAUAGCGAGAGACGAAACAAGAGUCACUGACUCACUACCACCCACUACUACUAGUACUUUAAUGACACCGACCGCCAUGCACCAUACAGAAACUAUAUAUGAAUCGAAACAUUUAAUAUGGCCGACGACUAACGAAGCAAUUGUACGGAAUUGGACAGGGAAUCCUUCUAAUAUUUCUGCUCCAUCAUUAUCCCCAGUAGUGACUCAGGAGUUGUUAUCACCGGCUCGUCACGCGGUGUUGCUCGGCUCGGUGCAGCUCCUCACGUCCGCACUGUCACUGUAUCUGGUGGAGAGAUACGGCCGAAGGCCCCUGCUGCUGUGGUGCUCGCUGUUGACGGGCGCGUGUCUGUUGUUGUCGUCGCUGGUGACGGGGGCCCGCGUGUCUGUGGCGGGCCUGGUGGCGGCGGAUCUCGCGGGCCUCGCCAUCGCCGGGGCCGUCGCCGCGGACUCCGCGGGCCUGCAACACGUCCCCUACGCCAUAUUAUCUGAGAUGUUCCACUAUGAGUACCGCGGCUGCGCCGUGAUGCUCGCCACAGCGGGCGCGUGUGCGGGGAACGCCGUGGAGGUGUUAUUAUUCCCGCUGGUCGUGUCUGUCGGCGGGCUGGUCUCCUCGCUCACACUCGCCUCGCUCCUCACCUUCCUCUACACCGUGUUCGUGUAUCUGGCCGUGCCGGAGACUAAAGACAGGACGCCGGAACAGAUAUAUGAGGUCAUCUGUCCUCGACUAGUGAAUAAAACUAAGAAUUGUGAAACUAACAAGGAGACUAUAUCAGUGAUGGGUCUGUUAGAGAAGUUGUCGUCGUGGAUGGGAGGCGGUGGGAAGGUGGUGACGGUACUAGUGUUAGGACUCGACAACAGUGGCAAGACUACCAUGUUGAGGACGUUAACAACAACGGAACAAGAGGGACAGAGACAGGGGCCGGGAGCGAGCAUCGUACCUACUGUAGGACAACGACAGGAGAACUUCCAGAGUGGAGGUGUAUCUUUCCGUGCGUGGGACGUGUCGGGCGCGGCUCGUCUCCGUUCUCUCUGGGAGCGUCACUACCGACACUGUGACGCGGUCAUCUUCGUGGUGGACUCUGCGGAUCAUCUGCGACUCGUGGUGGCGCGGUCAGAGCUGGAGCUCAUGCUGUCUCACCCGGACAUGUCUGGUCGUCGUCUGCCGCUGCUCGUGCUCGCCAACAAGAGUGACGCUCCUCACGCGCUCUCCGCACCACACGUCGCCUCAGCGUUGGGUCUUGAGCGUAUAACUGACAAGCCGUGGCACGUGUGUGCGAGCAGCGCUCUCAGCGGGGAGGGCCUGGGUGACGGAGUGAGUUGGCUGGCGAGACAACUCAGAGAGAAACACUGA